UUCACAAGACGAGGUGAAACUUUUCCAGCGAAGCAGUAACGGACCGUUGACACUUCGUAACUUCUCAUUAGUUUAGGACGUCUCGCGCGUCCUAUUGAGUUUGAAUCCCAUCUGAAACUCGUUGGGUUUGUACCGAAAUGUCUUUGGCAGAGCAAAGUCUGCAGUGGUACCCAACCAGCGUGCAGGUAACGGUGCUCCAGGCGAGGGGGUUGCGGAUCAAGGGGAAAAAUGGCACCAACGAUGCGUACGCCAUCAUGAUGGUGGCCAAGGACAAGUUCUCCACGUCGGUGGCGGAGAAGUGCAUCGCUCCGGUGUGGAAAGAGGAGGCCACAUUCAACCUGCCUCUCUUUCACACCAGUAACGUGGAGCGUUGUACCUUACAGGUGUGCGUGAUGCACCGGGCUCUGAUGGGACCCGACAAAACGCUCGGGCAAGCGACUAUAAACCUCCUGGACCUCCACGACAAUAAAUCCCGUAAUAAAACAGAAUGGUUCAAGCUGGUCGGCAAGUCAGGAAAGGCAGAUAAAGACAGAGGUGAGGUGUUCCUGGACAUUCAGUUCAAGAAGAACAACAUGACGGCGAGUAUGUUCGACCUCUCUGCGCAGGACAAGUCACGGUCAAAAUUUGGGAAGAUCAAGGACAAGCUGAAAGGGAAAAAGAAAGAUGGUAUGUCGGAUUCUGCAUCUGCUAUAGUGCCGUCUUUCAGCCAUAUACUGACCGACAGUGAGGGAGAAGAGGAAACGAAUGCCACAUCUGGAGCCAAAAAGAAAAAUAAACUGAAGUCCCUCUUCGCACCCAAGUCGGGUUUGCACCGUAACAUGUCUCAGUCCAUGUCCACACUCACCACACUGCCUGAAAAAGACUCGGCCAUCAGUUUGAGCAGGUCAUCUGGCCUGAAUAUAGAUUCUCCUGAAGUCAAGAAGAAAUUCAAAUUUCUGAAACCUAAGCACACUGGAAGCUCUGACAGCAAGGUGUCCCAAAGUGCCAGCUCUCUUGGACAGGGCAUUGUGCAGCCCAACUUGUGCAUUAACGGUAGUCACGUCUACACUGAGGAGCCGGAGACCAGAGACUCCAGGGCCAGUUCCACCUUCAGUCUGAACAGCUCAGGCCACGAAUCCAUGGAUGACCUACACAGAGGUCAUAGCAGAAAAACCUCCAACACCUCAGUGGACUCUCUUAACACCUCAGAACGGCAAACUCAAGAAAAUGCAGCAGAAGAGAUGCACGAAAAACAAGAGGAAAGCCACAGGAAGGAAAAGAAGGAAGCAGAGGAAAUGCGAACAAGGGAAGAGGAAAUAGAGAGAAGAAAGACUGAGGAGAAAGAAAGGCUUUCUCUGAAAGAAAGGCUGGAAAUAGAGAGGUUAGAGCUUGAGAAGAAGAAAAUGGAAGAAAGGAUGCAAGGGAGAAAGAUGGCAGAGGAGGAAGUGAAGAGGAAGUUGAAAGAAGAACAUCAAGAGAAAGAAGAAAAAGAGAAGCAAAGGAAGGUGAAAGAACAGCCCCACACCAUUGAGAAGCGGCCAGAGGUGAAGCCCAGGAGUGCUAGAUUGAAUACGGUGAAGAAAGCAGAGAAACCUGAGGUGAAUAGCUCAGAAUAUGUCCCCUCUGCCAAUCCCUACUCAUUCGAUUCGACCAAUACUUUUGAGCAGCACACCAUUCCUCAACCUGAAGCUCACAGUCGCUCAGCCAAAGUAUCUGCAGUAAAGCCAAGGUCCCAUGCAGUGAAACCCCUGAGCUCCACUGAGAGUCCACCAAACCUCAGAGAGACGCAAGACAAUUCCAGAUCCACUAUAAGUAUUAAUGGCAUGCAAGACAAGAUGAAGGCCAUAGAGGCUAAAGGCACGGAUCCCUACUCGCAGCUGACCCAUGAAGAGCUUGUCAACUGGUUCGAAAAGCAAAAGGAGCAGCUUUCUCAGAAGGACUCUAAGAUUGCGGAACUGGAGCAAUAUAUAGACAACCUUCUGGUCCGUGUCAUUGAGGAGAAACCCAGCAUCUUAAUGUCCUUGAGCUCCUUGAAGAAGUCAGUUUGAGGGACUCCAACUUGGGCAGAGGGUUUUGCAAGAGGGUUUCGUAUUAUACUGUGUGCACUGUUAUCACAAAUGUGGGAUGAAAAGCAAUAUAAAGGUCGUGGUGAAAUCAUAAAGUGGCUAAUACUACAAGCACACUACUGAGCUGAAGAUCAUUUUGGUGUAUACUUGAUUUAUGAAGCCUUAAAGUACAUUUUGACAACUAUAAUGUUAAACACAUUUGGCUUGCCUCAGAUUCACCUAACCAUGUGACUGUUUCAUUAACUUUUCUACAUGUUGAGCUAAAUUAUAUAUAUAUACUGAAUGCUACGUAUAUUCCCUAAAGUUCUUUAGUACUGUCCACUUUUUUUUUAUUUAAAAAACAAAUUCAAGCAAAAGACUUUAAACAAUUUAGCACUUUCAACAUUGUAAAGUAAUAUAAUAUUAUGACAGACCAUUGUUGAUACUUAUGUACUAACUGUUAAUUUGCUUUUCAGAUAAAGUACUUUAAAUGAAUAUGUUUGUAUGUAAAUAUUGAAUACUUGAUCAUUUGUAUGCUAUGCCUUUUUACAUAUAACCUGACAGCUUUGUUAUUCUGAGGCUUUGAAAUAAAAAAUGUCACAGGUGUGGCCUUGCAAGGAGCAGCACGUUAUUGUUCCUUUGUCAUGUCAGAAACAAGUUUUCCAUAUAAUGAUUUUUGUAAGAAGUACUUGGUGGAUGUAAGAUACUAGAAUAAUGGCCAUUUAUGGUGAUAUUGGUGGCUAAUAUGAAGAUUUAGGUCCAUUUUAGCCUGAUAACAGAAGUGUAUAAUAUACAUAUGAUAAAUUACAGUGUGAGAGGUUUAUUUGAACUCAUAUCAUUCUGUCAUCAGUUUACUCAAUACCCUA